GUUGACAACAAAACAUGGACCUUCAAUCCUCGUUAUGAGACAUCACGGUUUGUGAUGACACAUGCAGUCACAACCGUGCGGGCGGUCUUUCCCACGUAUUUAGAUCAUCGUGGGAAGAUAGAAAAGCCGCUUGCUCCUCUGUUUGGAAAUACACAAUUGUAAAAGUAACAUCACCAAAGUCAUUUGUCAGCAAAGGUUUCAUCUGAAGUGAAGAACAUCAGUGACAGUGUUGUAAAGGAUUAGCGGUGCCCACUUGCUUCCGGAACACCGCGUUAUGUUUUAUCUUGAAAACCGUUUUUAAGAAGAACAGUGACAUUUUGGAUAUUUAAGAUGCCAUUCAAGUGGAGACCGAAAAGGACUCGUCGUUAUGACAUAUCAUCGAAGAAUUCAUUCAUAGUUGGUGUGUACCUGUUGGAUAGUUCGUUCUUGGAAUGUACGUUGUCAUCUGAUAGCACAGGCCAGGAAUGCCUGGACAGCAUUGCACAGAGGAUUGACCUUGUGGAUACGCACUACUUCGGGCUGCGGUUCAUCACCAAGAAGCUCCAGUUCCAAUGGGUGGACCUCGGCAAGCCCCUGAAGAAACAGCUGGACAAGAUGGCGGAGGCUUCCCAUCAGCCUCCUUGUCUCUACUUCGGGGUCAUGUUCUAUGUGGCCGGUGCACACAAGAUCCCUGACGACACGGCCAGGUUCCACUACUACCUGCAGCUCAAGAACGACGUCAUCGAUGGCCGUGUGCCGACCAGCUAUGAACAAGCUCUGCGUCUGGCUACCUUCAGUCUACAAGCUGAAUAUGGAGACUAUGAUUAUGAACGUCAUACAGUGGAUUUCUUCAAAGACAACAAGAUCCAGCUGUUUCCGAAGACAAUGACAAAGAACGAACAGACCCUCCUGGAGCUGCUGAUGGAGGCCCUGAACAUGCAUUCUAGUCUCCAGGGUUACCACCCACUGAAGGCCGAGAUACAGUACGUAAAGGAGGUGCAGCUCAUGGACGGUUACGGAAUGGAAUACUACACUGCUAAAGAUGACCGGGGGAAGGAGUUGUACCUGGGCUCGUCUGUGACAGGUAUCUUUGCCCGCUACCUUGAUGGACAGGCUCCUAUCUUCUUCAGGUGGGGAGAAAUAGCCAAGUUGUCACAGAACAAGAAGAUGAUAGGAAUUGACACUUCCAAGAGUUCAGGCCAAUACCAGAUGGAGGACUCGGACAAUGCCAAGUAUUUCUCGCGUAUGGCACAGCUGCAGCUCAAGUUCUACAAGUCAAGCAAGAGCAACCUCAAUGGCAGCCUGACUGAUCUUCAUCUCGCUAGUAACGAACAUGAAGCAGCGAUUCAACCGGAUGUCCAGCAGGUCAUGCUGCCUCAGUCCGACUCCCAGGAACUGACAAACUCACAGACGUCCCUGGUGUACCUACAAGAACAAAGGUACUCCCAAGAGUUUCAGCAACAACAGCAGCAGCAUCAACAACAGCAGCAACAUCAGCAUCAAUCCCAGCAGCAGCUGACAUCAGCAGCAAUGAUGACUGAAGAUUACUACAACAACUCUCAGCAGAGUCUUGACAAAUCCAUGCCCGACGUCCAGCAGACGCCAAGAGCUGAGAGUGACCCUGGCAUCCAUGGUGGCAUGUAUGGUGGUCAGCAGACGCCGAUGCAACCAGCAGUGCAGACACCGGUGCCCCAAAAUAAUCCGAGAUCGGCCAUGUUGCCAGCUUACAGACCGGCUCCUACAUACGAGGCUGUCAUGAGACAUCGUGUUACUCAUCAACAGCAGCAACAGCAACAACAGCAACAUCAGCAGCAACAGCCUGAUGUGAGUGGUCAGACUCUGGGGAACUCUCAAAUCUACACCCAUCCCGAGGGUGUGGCUUACAGCCAGCCAGAGAUCAGACAGCAUGUGUCAUCGUACCCCAGUGAGACGCAGUAUGUUAAUGCUGCAGCAAUCAGAAACUACAGCCAUUCAAUCUAUGCAAACGUUUUCCAUGACGGACACAAUUAUUACGCUUACAGAUCGGCAGAGAGAGGUAACAACCUUGCUGUCCACCCAACUUACAGUUCCCCAGAACUAAACACACAAGGACUGCCUGAACAGUAUGCAGACAACCUGAUGAGUGAAUCUCUCGCCUACCAAUACCGUCCUCCUCCUCCCUACCCACGAGCCAGCAGUAGCACUCCAGACCUGGCUGUGCAGACAGGCAUCACUUCAGCCAAUCAGGCUCCGGAUCUCCUACCCCAGCAGAACUCUGGGAAAAGUACUCUCGCUGCUCAGUCACGAUUAGAUAAAAGUGUUGACAACCUGUCUGAAGUUGUUCCUGUGGCCAAGGAUGUUGGAAGAGUGAUUCAGAUUGAGCAAGACAAAGAGGACACUUCGAGUGAAAAUUCUUAUGCUACGUUUCAUGCCAAAGAGAGCGACAGCUCAGACAAUGAGAGUAUUAAGCGGGAGAGGGCAGGGUCAGAGAAGUCGAAGAUUCAGGUCUGUUUAGUGGCACCAAAGGAAGCCCCUCCGCCUUCCAAAUCCAAGGAGGUAGCAACUCUGAGAGAAAGUUUCCGACGGAUGAUGAUUGCGAGAUCGGGAUCAAUGAACAGUGGUAAGCAGAAGCCAGUGAUCCAUGUCACAUCUAAUGGCGGGAAGGACACUGAGGUGAAAUCCACAAACAUAGAAAGUAGUCUUCCACGAGUAGAGGAGCAGACGGACAAAAGUGUUCAGCAGACGUCACCUGUUGAGCAGCAGACAUCAGCUGACUCCCAGCUUGGCCUGAGGCCUCCCCCUCCUUAUAUAGCUCCCAGAGAGACUGGUAAAGGGCAGUCGGACAAUGUUUCCAAGAAGAGUGACAGUGAUGCUGAAAGUAUCCAGUGUCUGGACAUGACCAAGGUCAGUGAGGAGGCUGGCCAUAAGGUCACAGAGUCCUUGGACUCCACCAACUCCCAGCAGGACAACGAUGACGGGUCGGACAGCGAUAUCGGCUCUGUUGAUGAUGCUACAGUGAAGAGGGUUAACAUGGGGCCUCUCAAGGUUGCAGCAAUGAAUGGCCUAAGUCUGUCAAGACCAAUGGUGCUGGCUCUCAUGAACGAUGAAAGCAGAGCUCCUAAAGACGAGAGGCGCAAGAUUCUAGAGAGUAAGAUCUCUGAGGGACAAGUGUUUGUGGAGUUUGAGGAGGUCCCCAAGAAAGCCCCAAGUCAGGAGUUUGCCAUUGCCAAACUUGCCACCAACGAAUCAAGGAACAGAUUCAAAGAUGUGCUCCCCUAUGAUGCCACAAGGGUGAAGUUGUCUCCAAGGAAAGACAACCAAUCGGGAUAUGUCAAUGCAUCUCACGUAAAGCUCGAAGCAGAAAACAAUGACUGGUGGUUCAUCGCGACACAGGCCCCACUGGAGAACACGGUCGCCGACUUCUGGCAAAUGGUGUGGGAGCAGGAUGUGAACGUCAUCGCCAUGUUGACUGCACUGACGGAACUUGGGAAGAACAAGUGUUAUCCUUACUGGCCUCAAGAAGCAGGAACAGAUACCAAGCAGGUGUUUGGUGAUUUCGAGGUGACUCUCGAGUUCACGGACAACUCCUUGUGCUAUGUGACAAGCCGCAUCGUGGUGCGGCAUCUGCCCAGCUCCAAGGAGCGGAUGAUAUGGCACCUGCAGUACACGGACUGGCCGGACCACGGUUGCCCAGAAGAUGUCUAUGGGUUUCUAGGAUUUCUUGAUGAGAUUGAAUCUGUGCGCCGCUUGGCUGAGAGUGAGGAGGGGAGUGGGAAGAAGGCCCCCGUGAUCGUCCACUGCAGCGCUGGCGUCGGCAGGACUGGCGUUGUCAUCCUCACCAUGGUGAUGAAGUGGUGCCUGGAACACAACCACAGCGUUGACCUGCCGAAGGCCCUGGAGGGGAUCCGCAAGCAGCGAAUGUACAUGGUGCAGACACUGGGACAGUACCAGUUCAUCCACAAAACACUCAUCCAGUACCUCAAGAACACAAGGCUCAUCUAGGGCUCCCCACACAUAUUGCUUUCACAAAACCCGCUUUCAAAAUUCUGCACACAAUAUUACCAUGGAUGUUGAGACUGUGCAGAAUAAUGACAGUUUGAGAUUAACAAGCUUGUGACCCAAGACCAAGAAUGAUAGGUGUUCUUAUAGUCAUAUAUAUUUUACCAUUGUUGUGAUCUUUCUUGUAGGUAUUCAAAUUGAAGCUUUAAAUAUUUCAUUGAUGAUGCAUUGUCAUCACUUGCAAGGACCAGCAUGGAGAAAAUUCUCAUUCACAUUUCCAGUACCGUAUUCGACGUAAUAAGUGUCCAGGGCGUUCUUAAAAUUAGAAAUAGGGGGCUCUUAUUAGAAUAUUAUUUUGGUGAAAAAAAUAGAGUUGAAAGAUAAAUUUGUAUGAAGUGUUUAUGUA